UCAGUACUCUAGUUAAAAGCUUAAAGCCUCCAACUUGAGUGAUUUCCGCAAAUAAUUUUUAUGAUGUGAGUCGAGCUUUCAUCAGAGUUAUAUCACUUUAGUGUAUAGUGUUGGAUAAAUAAAAGUGUGAUACAUAUUUGAAUUUAUAUAUGAGCGCGCUUAUAAAAUCAACUACAAUGAACAAUUUGAUGCUCUCCCUGUCGAAACAUAAACUGAUAAUAUCGACAAUGAUCGGUGUAACUACCGGGACAAUAUGCGGUAUGAGUCUUAAGCAUUAUAGCGCAAAAUCGUGGUCUGAUCGAGAUAUCAUGUAUAUCAAAUUUCCUGGAGAAAUAUUUCUCAGAAUGGUGAAUUAUUUAAUAUUACCGCUUGUUACCUCCAGUAUUAUAAGUGCUACUUGUAAUCUCAGCAAAUCUGGACCAAUUGGAUUGAUGGCAUUAUAUUAUUAUCUAACGACUACUACAAUUGGAAUAAUUUUAUGUGUUAUACUUGUUGAGUCUAUUCGGCCAGGUGAUUUAAUGAGAAAUGAGAACAUUACUAUGCCGACGUCUACAAAAACCUUUAUGACAAUAGACACAAUUUUAGAUUUAUUUCGUAAUUUAUUUCCUGAAAAUAUAGUACUUGCAUGUAUGUAUCAGUAUCAAACCAUUCUGGAAAAACCAACUAAUGCAAAUAUAGUAUCAAUAGAAGAAUGGUCCAUAACAAGCGAAUAUAUGGCAGGAACAAAUGUCUUGGGUUUAGUAUUUCAUAGUCUAUUACUAGGUCUGGCAAUUGGAAAUAUAGGUACAAAGGGAAAGCCUUUAUCAGAUUUUUUCAGUUCUCUUGCCGACGUUAUGAUGAAAAUUAUGAAAUGGAUAACAUUUAUAGCACCGAUAGGCGCAUCAUUUCUUAUUGCUGGUCGAAUUCUGGAAAUCGAUGAUUUUGGUAAUAUGAUAAGUCACUUAGGAUUUUACAUUUUAACCGUGUUCAUUGGUCUGAUACUGCAAGGUUUUGUAAUACUGCCCUUCCUUCAUUGGAUCAUCACGCGCAAAUCACCUUAUAAAAUUAUAUCCAAACUUGGCCCGUCCUUUGCAACAGCUAUUGGAACAUCGUCAAGCACUGCCACAGUUCCAUAUACAAUACGAUGUUUAGAAGAUCUGGGAAUAAAUUAUAAAAUUACAAAAUUUCUUAUACCAAUUGGAGCAGCAAUAAAUAUGGAUGGGAUAGCCCUGUACGAAACUGUUGGAGCAAUAUUUAUUAUACAAUUGCGUGGAUUACAAUUUUCGUUAUUUAAAAUAAUAGUCAUCAGUAUUACAUGUACAGUAUCGUGCGUGGGUGCUGCUGGAAUACCUAGUGGUGGUUAUAUGAUGUUAAUAAUGGUGUUAAAUUCUAUAGGAGUACCUGUCGAAGAUGUUACAUUAAUUAUCGCUAUUGAUUGGUUUGUUGAUCGUUUUAGAACGACAAUCAACGUUAUAGGCGAUGCACUCGGCGCAAGCAUUAUAUCUCGCUUUUGUAAAGAAGACUUAGAAAAUGAAAUGUAUCCAUUGAAAACAAAUGUUAUUUGCAAUAUAUCCGCAUAAAUGCAUUUGUAUAAUGAAAAUUGAAAUAGAUUUAUUAUGACAUAGCAUCAUGUAGUAGUAAGAUUUACUAAGCAUUUUAUAUAAUAAUUUUCUCGAUCAAAUCUUUCUUACAACGCUCAUUGUGCUUAGUAUAAAUAUAAAUAAUAAAGGAAAAUUGAAAAAAGGGAAAAAUAAUAUGCCGUAAUAACACUAUAAAAUUUAUAUUAAUUUUUAUAUUUUUAUAAACGAGGAUAAAAAAUUUUUUUGUGCAAUAUAUUUUUUUUCAUAUAUCUCAUUACAUCUCAUUACAUUACAUCAUUUAAAUUACAUAUUUAAAUUUAACUAAAUUUUUAAUUUAAAUAUGUAAUUUAAAAUAUUA